GCUGUAACACUUGCUUUGAAAAUGGGAAUUUAUUCCAGUGUGAUUGACACAUGAGGGCACAGUGUGACCUGAUGCAGUUCCCCCUUUGCUGACACGCAAUGAUUUCAUCCAUGGUUUCAAUCGCCCACGAGAAGUAGGUGAACCCAGAAACUGCACUCUGUUGAAAUGAGAAUGUAGGCAUGCACAGAGGACACGCGCGUGCACCCCGGACACCCACCAGGCGCCUCAGUUCCCCAGGUGUGUUAGGAGCUGCACCCAUCCACACCUGUGCAACAACUUCCCAUGGAUUUCAGAUAACCGUCCUUCCACCACCUCAGAGCAACUCAUCCCUUCCAAAGCCCACGUCCACAAGCAAACUUUAGGUCUUUUUCAAGAAUGACACGGCAUGGCAAGAACUGCACUGCAGGGGCUGUCUACACCUACCACGAGAAGAAGAAGGACACAGCGGCCUCAGGCUACGGUACCCAGAACAUUCGACUGAGCCGGGAUGCUGUCAAGGACUUUGACUGCUGCUGCCUGUCUCUGCAGCCCUGCCAUGACCCUGUCGUCACCCCAGAUGGCUACCUGUAUGAACGUGAGGCCAUCCUGGAGUACAUUUUGCACCAGAAAAAGGAGAUCGCCCGGCAGAUGAAGGCCUAUGAGAAGCAGCGAGGUGCCCGGCGUGAGGAGCAGAAAGAGCUGCAGCGGGCAGCGGCGCAGGACCAGGUGCGGGGCUUCCUGGAGAAGGAGGCGGCCAUCGUGAGCCGGCCGCUCAACCCCUUCACAACCAAGGCCUCCUCAGGGCCUGGCCCAGACGAUGCCCGACCCGGGCCAAGCGCCGGCCCCACAGGCAAGGACGAGGACAAGGCACUGCCCAGCUUCUGGAUCCCGUCACUCACGCCCGAGGCCAAGGCCACCAAGCUGGAGAAGCCGUCGCGCACGGUGACCUGCCCCAUGUCGGGGAAGCCGCUGCGCAUGUCGGACCUGACGCCCGUGCGCUUCACGCCACUGGACGGCUCCGUGGACCGCGUGGGGCUCAUCACGCGCAGUGAACGCUACGUGUGCGCCGUGACCCGCGACAGCCUGAGCAACGCCACGCCGUGCGCCGUGCUGCGGCCCUCUGGAGCCGUGGUCACUGUCGAGUGCGUAGAGAAGCUAAUUAGAAAGGACAUGGUGGACCCCGUGAAUGGAGAGAAGCUCACCGACCGCGAUAUCAUCGUGCUGCAGCGGGGCGGCACAGGCUUCGCGGGCUCUGGAGUGAAGCUGCAUGCCGAGAAGUCGAGGCCGGUAAUGCAGGCCUGAGUGCGCGGGACACCAAUAAACGGGCUUGGGAGUGACUGGCA